AUGAGGAAGGUUACAACUAAGGCAGAUGUUUUCAGCUACGGGGUAUUACUGAUGGAGUUUUUAACUGCGAAAAGACCAACAGGACCCAUAGAAGAGAACGGGUUUCCGGUUACUCUACGCCAGUUAGUGGAGAGAGCUCUGACAAAUGGAGGCGAUGGAAUUCUUGAAGUAGCGGAACAAAAUAUGAACUUAAAUAUGUCAUCCAAAGGAGAGGAAGAGAAACUAAUAGCGCUUCUUGAACUGGCUCUCUCGUGUACCUCUCUUGCCCCGGAAGAUCGCCCUGACAUGAAUGAGGUUUUGUCAACACUAAUAAAGAUAAGUGAAGUGGAUGGAAGUGAAAUUGUUAAGAUGGUGGAUUUCCCAUUCAAUUCACUUCCCGUUGGACCUUUUCGAUUCAUAGGUUCAUGUAGUGGAGUGGUUUGCUUAUGGUUUGCUAAUGGUGUUGAGACAUUCAUUUGUUUUUGUAACCCUGCAACUAAAGAGUGCAGGAGGAUACUUAAACGACAAGAUAAUUUUUGGAAUGACUAUGAUAUCAACAUCAUCAAUGCUUUUGGUUAUGAUUGCAAGUAUGAUGAUUACAAGUUAAUAAACAUUGUAAAACGUCCUGAGACUGAUCGGUUACUCGAUGUCAUUGUGUAUAAGUUGGGAUCAAAUGCAUGGGAAUGUAACCAAACCGUGACAUAUAAAUUUCCUGAUAAGCGGCAAACUGGGAUUCUUGUUAAUGGAGCUUUUCACUGGUUUGGCGAAGCGCCUGAAAAAAACCCAUCCAAGUUAAUUAUUUCUAUGAAUAUCAGCAACGAAAAGUUUGACGAAGUGCAAUUUCCAAAAGAACUCUACGACAAAAACCAUUUCCCGAUGACCAUUGGAGUUUUGGAAGGGUGCCUUUGUUUAGUUGUUACGGUUUCUAUGAGUGGCUCUGAGGUUUGGAUGAUGCAAGAAUAUGGAGUGCGAGAAUCUUGGACUCAAGUUUAUACCAUUGACAAUGAAAGUAUUUGGAGUUUCCCCGAUACUGACUACACUUUGAGGCUUGUGCAUUCUUUUGGAAAUGGUCAGAUUUUACUAAAAUAUGGCUAUAGGUUGGUUACAUAUGACCCAGAGCAUAAAAGGGGUAGAGAACUGCAAAAAAAUAGUAGUUCAAUGAUACAUGAUUCAAUGAACUAUGUGGAAAGCUUAGUUUCACUCAGUUUCGGGUACUUAUGCCGGUAG